GGGCCCCUGGCUCUUUCUGCAGCGGGGCGCUGUCGCCACAGGGAGCCAUGGCCCCGAAACGCAAGGCGCCGGCCAAGGCCCGGGCCCAGGGCAAGAAGGUGAAGCCAGAGCCGGAGCCGGAGCCGGAGGAGGACAACGUCCGCUCCACCGUGCAGGCGCUGAAAUCCGCCCCCAAGGAGAAGGUCAAAGCCAAGAUCGAUUCUGCCUGUCAGCUGAGCAAUGACACCGCUGCCCAGAUCCACGAGGACUACGACUGCAUGCUGAACCAAACCGACAUCGGGAACAACAACAACAAGUUCUACAUGAUCCAGCUCAUCGAGCAGGGCGGCACCUACAGCUGCUGGAACCGCUGGGGGCGCGUGGUGAGUGCCUGCCAUCCUGCUUGUGACCGGGAGCUGACGGUGGAAGGCAGGAAGGUGGUGGUGCCGCAGGGGGAGCCCGUCCCGGUGGCCACGUACCAGGACUCCUACUUCAGCCAGAGCGAGUACCUGAUCUACCAGGAGAGCCAGUGCCAGCUCCGCUACCUGCUCCAGCUCCCACUCUGA